CCAAAACACUGCCCUCUCUCCAGACGUAACGACUUCCUCCUUUCCAAGAACCAUCCAUGGAAGGUCGAGCACGAAUAAUCAUGGAUGUUGGCAAUACAAUGGCUGCUAUAGCCUUCGCUGAUCAGUGUCUCAAAUACGGCAACAAGUUUGUGAGCAGGUGCAAGACCUAUCUCCAUGCCGAGGAUGAGGCCAAAGAGCUACUUAUCUCUAUCGAGAGCAACUGGAUCAAGAUGGAGACUCAGAUGGAGAUCCUGAAGAAGGUGGCCCCAAACCUGGAUAUGAGGCUCCAAGACAUGCAAUCUCAAGUGCUCUCUCAGCUCGAGGGUAAACUCAAAACAGCAAGUUACAUCAUCGAACAGUUUAAACCAGACAGAUUCUCAAGGGCCAAAGGGGCGAAGGUCAAGCAAGGUGAUUGGAACCAUGAUGCUGGGGAACUAGAAAUAUUGACCGAUGCCUUCUCCCACAUGAAGCCGCUCGCAAAGUCCAAGUUCUCUUUGAAGAAGGAGGCACUUCUCGGGAUUGUUGAUGAAAUAGAGAAGUGGCAAGCAAGAUACGACCCAAGUUGGAUUUUGAUCAUGCAAAUGGCCGCCCUCCAGAAGACACAGGAAGGGCCGGAGUCUGAACAAGUGCCUAUCAUUGUGGCCGCAAAAGGACUUCGGGAUGCAGCACGAGCCAACCAAGAUUCAGAAUCGAAGGACCAGAAAUCAAUCUGGAUUGAGCCGGAUGAUAUCGAGCUAAAUAUUCAGAAGAUUCGGAACUCAAGCGUCCAGCUCUCGCUCGGCCCGGACGAAAGUAUGGUUCUCAUCGACACUAUGGCCUGUAAUCCUGCAGCCAAUAUCACCAAGACCACGAAGGAAGUUCGAAAUCUAGCUCGUGUCUUAGCAGAAGUUGAUCCUUCUACAUUCGGUUUACUCAAAUGUCGAGGUGUGAUGCGGACUUCCAAGCCAGGUUCCGUGCACCAACUUCUCGAUUUCAAGUUUAUUUUCGAUGUGCCGCACAAACUCACAAAACCUCAAAGUCUUCGAGCGGUUCUUCUUUCCGAAAACCCUUACCCACUGGAUGAAAGACUUGAGCUAGCAAAGAAACUCACUGCCUCGGUUCUCUUUGUUCACACAGUGCAAUUCGUUCACAAAAACAUUCGACCAGAAACUAUCAUUAUUUUCCAAAACGAAUGCUCGGAGAUCGGAGCACCAUUUCUUUCCGGCUUUGAACAAUUCCGUCUCGAGGAUGGUGCUACUUUUCUGUCUGGGGAUGAUCUUUGGCACCACAAUCUCUACCGACAUCCUUCGCGCCAAGGCAUGCAACCAGAAAUCGAAUAUGUCAUGCAACACGACAUUUAUAGUCUUGGCGUUGUUCUUCUCGAGAUCGGACUCUGGACUUCAUUCGCACUCGAAGAUUCUGAGUGUGAUUCGAAUCUCCCAACUCCAAGCAAUAUCUUCGAUAUAACCAAGCUUGAUUCUCUAUAUCCAGUAUCAGCUGCAGUAGAAAAGAAACAGAGGCUCGAAUAUCUCGCUGCCUACGAACUGCCUCCUCGCUUGGGAAGACGGUAUGCGGACAUCGUACUUCUGUGUCUUCGAUGUCUCGAUCCCGGAGAUGGAAUGGGUGAUGAGAAAUCGUCGAGUGCGUGGACUGACCAAGAUGGUGUUGUAAUUGGAGUAAGAUUCAUCGAAAAUGUGCUUACGAAAAUGCAGGAAAUCAGGGUUUAGAGGAAAGAUAUAUCUCACCUUCCAAAUACUUAUUCCAUGCACAAUUCUUUCAACUCCGG